GCAUGCGCAGUGAUUCCAUCUUGCUACAUAUUUUUUUCAGGAAAAAAUGGCUUCCUGUCUCAUCUCGCCGACUGUAUGAAGGAUUAAUAAAAAUAUGAAACCACUACUUCCUUUUAUUUUCGGACACCAAGGCGUACUUUACAGACAUGACCAUUGUUAACGACACAAUAAUAACAUUUGGUCGUAUGUUAUCCCAAGAUUGAGAAAAUGAUGCAUCAAGUGACCUGUAGCAGCAGCAGCAGUGAUUUCUGUAUGAGCGGACCUGCAGAAGACUGCCAUCCGGCAAGCCGUUUUGAUUUAUGCAGCCUCCAGUCUCACAAGUUCUACCCAUGCUCCCCCACAAACUCUGGCUUGCACCUGUCAUUCACAGGCCUGGCUCCUUUGCCACAGAACAUGCACAAGGUGAUGGCGGGUACGACGCAGGACACCCAGAAUACUUUUCAGCCUCUGCCAAUAACAACUAUCAAUAGUGGAGGGGUUGCAGGGCCUGACGGCACCAAAAAAAAUACAGGCAAAGUGAAGUCUGGGAGGAGAGGCAGACCACUGGGGACCACCAAGUUAGCUGGUUACCGCACAAGUACUGGACGUCCACGUGGGACCACAAGAGCUGCUGGUUUUAAAACCAGUCCCGGGAGGCCCCUCGGUACCACCAAAGCAGCUGGCUAUAAGGUGAGCCCCGGCAGGCCCCCCGGUAGUGUCAAGAGUCCGGCGAGGCUCAAGGAACAGCAAAGUGGUGGUGAUGCUCCCAAGAAACUCGAAUUUAGUCCGAGCAAACUGGACUUCACCAGCUGUGAUCUUCCAUUGCUUGCCUAUGCCAUGAUGGAGAAGAGAAACUUGUGCGAGCCUCUCGUGAAAGCCGAUGACACCGGUUCAUAACAUCAGAGCGCAGAAGAAGAAAAAAAAAAACAUGACAGCCAAGCACUCAACUUCCUGACUCUAUUUCAGUGUACAGUCUUAGCUACAUCAACAAAUUCCCUUUCACCAAGAUGCACUUGGCAGGGAAGUUUGCAUGUUAUCAUUUUGGUGGUAAGAAAUUGAGUCUUUUGUCAUAAUGUGAUCCCUCCUUGAACACAUAGGACCAGUAUCUUGUACAAUUUUCUAGAUAAGUAUUUUGUGAUAAACAGCCAAUCACAACACCAUCAUGUGAACUUCUGUAAAUGUGUUAUCCACUUCUUAAAAUACUCUUGCUUGUUUUCUGGUCAAUUCCAGAUUUUUGGUACAGCCGGUUGAAGUGUUAAAUAGUGUUGAACUAGUAUUCCCAACCUUUGUUGAGCCAAAGUUUUACAUGGGGGGGGAAAAAUCCCUGAAAACCACCAAACAAAAAAGGCACAAUAGUUCAUUGUUGAUUUUAUUAAACUACUGCUAUCUUGUCAAAGAGCAUUUAAUUGCUUUAGCUGUCAUUAUAUGUCGGUGGCACAGAUAGUGACAUUGUUUGUCGUAAAUAAUCUUGGGACCAAGUAAGGCAAAUUGGAGAGUGGCAUUUCUCACUUGGCACACUGGUUGGAAAUUUCUGAUUGGUUUUAAUACAUUGUGUUGGGAACGCCAUUGUUACCAUGUUUGUCCGACUGACGGUGUUAAACACCCCCCACGUACUCUUCACUAUGUCUUGUAACCAUAUUACUUACAGAUUCACAGCAUGUUGUUCCAGUUUGUUGGGCAAAAAAAUCCAAAUAAAAUGUUUUUUUGCUCAUG